AUGCCUCCUCGAAGAAACGUGAACAACAACGAUGUCCCUAUUGAGACUCUCAUUGCUAAUGCUGUUAAUACAGCUAUUGCGGGUUUAGUUCCCAACCUUCUACAACAGUUGCAGCAGAACAACAAUAAUGUACAACCUAGGGGAAAUAACAAUGGUAACAAUAACGAUCCUGUUACUAUCCUUGAUUGGCUUGAGCAUUUCAGAAAGGAAAAGCCAAAAUUGUGUAGUACCGCUGCUACACCAGUUGAGGCGGAAAAUUGGAUUGCUCAUAUCGAGAAGUUGUUCGAAGUGAUGGGCGUGGGUGAUGCGUUCAAGGUUAAGCUUGCUAGUUAUAAACUUGAGGACGAUGCUCAUAGGUGGUGGAAGACCUUGAAAGAAGCUCGUGGAGGAGAUCAGUAUGCAGCAACACUUCCUUGGGCUGAAUUUCGCACUUUGUUUUAUCAGCAGUACUUCACUAACGCUGAUAGGAGUGAGUAUCUGAGAGAGUAUGCUUCUAUCAGGCAAGGGGAUGAUGAGCCUAUUAUGGAGUUCAAAGCUCGUUUUAGUCGUUUGGUUAAUUUUCUGGGCCCGGCAGCAGGUACACCACAACAGCAGACUGAGAAUUUCAAAUGGGCUAUAUGCGAUCAAGAUAGGAAGUUCAUCCUGAAUCUUCGUUUCACUGACAUUACUGAGGUAGUCAAUGCUGUCAAGAAUUUGAAUAAUGAGAAGAAGCAGCGUGAGAAGAAAUCGGAUGGGUGGCAUAAGUCGCGAAGUGGAAGAAACCGUUAUGAGAAUCGUAGGCCUGCACAGAAUCAGACGCAACAGAGCGAGGCCCCUGGAGCACAACCACAUAAUCAACAAAACCCGAACCAGAAUCGUGCUGAUAUUCCUCCUUGUACUCAUUGCGGGAAACGUCAUGGUGGUGCAUGUCGCCUUGCUGAAGGUCGUUGUUUCAGAUGUGGAGAUGAUAACCACUUGAUUAAGGAUUGCCCUCGGCCUGAGAAGCGAGCUAAUACUGGUGCAGCUAAUGUCCCAGGUACACUUUUCGGUGAUGUGCAUAUUGGUGUACAUGAUGCAUAUGCUCUUUGA